AUUUCCAGAAGUCGAAGGCUCGUUCUUGGCUCGCGCUCUUGAGUUGUAUACGUACUCUCUUGCCAAGUUGCGGGCCAGUUCGGGACGUUUUGCAACGUGUUACUGCGCUUUCGGGCUGACCGCGUGUAGGAGAACAGUCGUCAGGAGCGGUCCUUCAACGUAAAGCGAAGUCGUCGCAUUCCAUGAAAGAAUUGCCUGCAGCUACCAUGCUUUGGCCGCCCCGACUGCACAGAGAGACAUCGACACUACGAUUCAGGCGCGCUAUUUUUGCUACUGCAGGUACUAUGCAGGUACACUGCAGGUACCCGUCGCAGGCCCAGCUUGUCAUAGACGUGUGGGAAGUGACAGCUUUUGUGGAUAUGCAAAGCGCAGCUCCCGCGCGGAGUACGUCAGGCUCAAAUUAAGAGCGGGACUCGUACACCGUUCUGCAUCUCGACACGGCUCUACUUGCCGAGACAGUUGAAAGGCAUCGGCCUUGGAGACGUUAGUGCUUGUACGCCAACACAAACGUGGCUUGCGACUUUGUUCUUAUUGAGAUUGGGUUGCCGCUACCCGGCCGCGUCCUAACCUUCUCC